GUCUCAGAAAGAAUAAUCAAACUGAUUCAUAUCUAAGCAAUUUUAAAGCGAAAUCCACCUGUCUGUAUGAUAGCUAUUUUUGGGCUAAUGUAAACACGUUGUAGGCAGAUAAUAUGCGUUUGUUGACUGUGUGCUCCACAAAGGUGAUUAUUAAACUAGUAUUUCAAAUGGCCUGAUUAGGUUUAAGCAUGUUUUGGUACCUUUUUCUAUAAAUGUUUUAUAAAAAGGAGUUACGAUUAUAUUGAGGAACGUUUUAGUUCGGUAAACUGGACUAAAAUUUCACUCCGCUUAGUGGCUUUGAACCUUCAGUUCGUCUUCGUCAAAAAUAAUCACAAAAAUUGAACGAGACUGAAAUUGCAAAAGUCUGUGAAUGACAUAGCCAUUUCCGCGCUUGUGGUGUUUUCUGCGUAGACAGGGUUAUGAUGACAUAUAAUAAUCAGUCAGAAGUUCAGGCUGGCAAAAAUUAAAGACGAGCUGGCAUGUCUUUCAACCCGGCCCUGAUUCAGCCAUUUCAAUGCAAAAUAAUUUUGUUUUGUUGCUAUUCCCCGUUCUGGGAUGACGUCAUUGAUUUUGUAUCUCGCUAUCUGUGGACUUCGUAUUUUGUAUUUUGUAUUUCGUGAUUUUGUAUCUCGCUUCUCAAAAUGGACUUCGGAAUUGAAAUCUUAAUCUUUAAAUUAGUUUAUACUGAAAUAAUAAUGUCGUUUGGACCGUUCGGUCGCAAGCUACUUUGUUUUGAAUAUUGAGAUAUUUCUUUAGAUUUGACCAGAUUUCACUGCUGCAGUGAAGAAAAUUCACUACAGCAACAAAUUCCAUUGAGAUGUACAGGGAAAGCUGAAUCUUGAAAAUGGGUUAAUUCGCUGUCUGACAGCCGAAACAACUUCAACAUGAAGAUUCUAUGAUCCAUUUUUGCCAAAUGUGAAAAUAAAAAUUGCCCGGAUCAGAGAAAAGGGGACAAAUUAACAGCUCAGUUCACUUCAAUAUGUGGUAUUGUUAAUGUUUAAUAUGGUUUCGGUUAAGUUUACUUUCUGCUUUCUUAAAGUACAGUUAGCAUUAAUCGUAGGAACACUAUGAGUCCCCUUUAGCAAGUUUUUAAAGAUUAUUUGUUCGAUUCUCUUUAAGGCCAAACUAGAAUUUAAAACUUGAAAACAAUAGCAAUUAAUUAUCUGUGGUCCUGUAUACCGGGGCGAAAUAUACCGCAAAUAAACGCCGGGUGCUGUUUAUGCGAAGAAAGCAACCGAAGCACAGAACCUAUUUCUAUUCUGUGACCGAAGUGAAGGUGGGAACGAGGCCAGUUUUCAUCCGUGGAAGGCCUAAGGCCACGAGGUAUCGAAGUAUCCUGUGAUUGCUUAUUUUGGGAAGGAAUUCAACAGAUUUUUAGUUGCUUUAGGUGAAACUCAAUUGUUGAACUUCUAGGUUUUUAAUAUUUCCAAGAAAUUUGGCGAAGACAGGAAGAUUUUUUAAUAAGGAGAAGGAAUGAAGCUCUAGAACUAAAGUCGACUAUGCUACAGUAAAACAUCAUGAAUAGUGGAAAGAGGUAUUUCAAUGCACAAGGAAGCUUUUCAAGUAAACGAAAACCACAGCAACCUUAUAUGGUCGAUAAAAGACUGACACCAAGAGUAAAAGAGUUCAUUGAAAGCUAUACCCCAGACAGCCCACCUGAUGUGGAUGAAGUUGUUGACUAUCUACAAAUGACCUUUCAAGAAUAUGGCAGGAAGAAAAGAGGUGCUCUCAGACAGUCUGUGGUCAAAGUCCUUAGCUCAUCACCAGGUGUUCCAGACAAACGAAUCAAGAUUCAGAGUGGAGCUUUCAACCGGAGCAGUGAUGGCAGGUACAGCCAUGGAAAGCUUUCACCAAUAGAUUUGGUUAAUGAUGAAAGCGAAUCAAGUUCAAGUGAAGAUGUAGAAGAAAUCAUUGAAGCAAAGGAUACGAACAUGAUAAACAAUUCAAUGCAAAUGUUGUAUUCCAAAAACGUUAAAGACAGUCCAGUUGCAGCCCGACCUCAAUAUAAUGAUGAAGAAAUGACCCCAGCCAAGCACUUUGAUAUUCCAGUUGCCAUGUCUAUGUCGAAUACAAUGAGUGAAAAUCCAAGUGAGCCAAUUGACAGCAAGAAAAAGGUAAUCGAUCAGAUAAAAGCUGAUAAUGCAUCAACACCACUGCCGUCGCCGAGUCGAAACAAGGGUGGAAAAUCUGACACUGAGCGGACGAAGCAGUCCAGAAACAGAAAACGAGAAGAAACUGAAAUUAAGGCGAAAAAGCAUGCAAUCAACCCAACAGAAUCGAAAUUGAAACUCGCAGAUAUCGGAGGCUAUGAGAAUGCUCUUGAAGAGGUGAUGAAAUUGCUCUUUCAUCUCAAACAUCCUGAAGUGUUCCAGCGCCUUGGUGUAAAACCCCCUCGCGGAUUUUUGCUUCACGGGCCCCCUGGUUGCGGAAAAACACUAUUGGCAAAUGCUAUCGCUGGAGAGUUGCAGUUGCCCUAUUACAAACUGGCAGCAACGGAAAUCAUUUCUGGUGUGUCUGGAGAGUCAGAAGAAAAGCUUCGAGAGCUUUUUGCUGUAGCACAGUCAUCUUCGCCAAGUAUAAUAUUCCUCGACGAGGUUGAUGCAAUCGCCCCGAACAGAGAAAGCGCAUCGAAGGAGAUGGAGAGAAGAAUCGUAUCCCAGCUUCUUGUCUGCAUGGAUGAUCUUGAUCAGGCUGACAGCGAUGUUAUGCUAAUUGGAGCAACCAACAGACCGGAUUCUCUGGACCCUGCUUUAAGGCGAGCAGGACGUUUUGACAGGGAAAUAUGUCUGGGCAUCCCUGAUAAGGCUGCGCGGAAAAAGAUUUUGGAAGUUGUUUGCAACGGACUGCGGUUAUCGGCUUCCUUUGAUUACGAAAAUAUUGCUUCACUAACACCCGGCUUUGUUGGAGCAGAUCUCGUCUCGUUGACCAGGGAAGCAGCCAUGUUUGCUGUGCAAAGGAUUUUCGAGAAGAUAGAACGAAAAAUGACGUCAUCCAUUACAAACGCUGAUGCCUCGCAAACGGAAAGAGAACUUCCAAUUGACGAGGCUGCAACUUCAACGACUGAAGAGACGAGGAAACUGAACGCAUUAGCCUGGCUCAGGGGCGAUUCUACCAUAACAAUGGAGGAGCUGGAAAAUUUUUUCAUUGAAUCGCACGAUUUCAAGCGUGCUCUAGGCACUGUGCAACCAUCGGCGAAACGAGAGGGCUUUGCAACUGUCCCAGAUGUGACCUGGAAUGACAUUGGGGCUUUAGAAGACAUUAGAGAUGAAUUAACGCUGGCUAUUCUGGCACCUGUCAGGCAUUACGAUAAGUUUGCAUCGCUUGGUAUCGUGAGCCCUCCAGGCAUUCUUCUGGCAGGACCUCCAGGCUGUGGCAAGACUUUAUUAGCUAAGGCUAUAGCAAAUGAAGCUGGAAUUAACUUCAUUUCAGUCAAAGGACCAGAGUUGCUGAACAUGUACGUUGGAGAGAGUGAGCGAGCUGUGCGUCAAGUAUUCCAAAGGGCGCGAAACUCAGCACCUUGCGUAAUUUUCUUUGAUGAAAUCGAUGCGCUUUGUCCCAAAAGGUCAGGUACAAGCGAGUCUAGUGCGAGCUCAAGGGUUGUCAAUCAACUUCUCACUGAAAUGGACGGGCUUGUUGCAAGGAAGCAGGUAUUUCUAAUGGGAGCAACCAACAGGCCUGAUAUUAUCGAUCCUGCCAUUCUUCGCCCUGGUCGUCUUGAUAAAAUACUUUAUGUUGGUCUCCCAACUCCAGAGGAUCGUCUCAAGAUUUUGCACACAGUCACCAAAUUGGGCACCCAUCCAAAGUUAUCAGAGGAUGUUAAUCUGGAAAACAUUGCCCAUGAUCCUCGGGGUGAAAGAUACAGUGGAGCUGAUAUUGCAGCCUUGGUUCGAGAGGCAUCUGUCCAAGCUUUAAAGGAGCAUAUGAGAAAUGAAGAUUCGGUCAGAGAAAAUCCUGGACCCAUUGAAGUAAAUAAAUGUCAUUUUGAAGCUGCAUUCAAUAAACUACGGCCAUCCAUUACACUAGAGAGCCAAAGUUGGUAUCAGAAGUUAAAGGCAAAAUAUGGAGUGUGAUGUGCGACAUUAUUGGCGCAAAAUGUUUUGUUUCUUGCUGUUUUGUGGAUUUUUAAUGGACGGUCGAGUAAACUGAUACAACGAACAUCAGCUGUCUAUCAGUCAAACUGGUUUAGGAAAUUUUUAAACCUAAACGUGUUUAACAGACAUAGAGGAUAGCAAUGAAAAAUUUAUUAUUUGGUUAAAGAAUUUCGUAUGCUUCAGAAAUGAUUUUUUUGAUGGUAUACUUGUCUUUUUCUGAUUACCUUCACUAAUGAUGAAUUAUAUGUAAUUUGCGUUACUCAGAAAUUCUCGUAUUAUC